ACGUGUACAAAAAUUGUAUGGACAACAAAUUCACGUACGAUGUGCAGAUAACAUUGCCGCGUUGGUGCAACAUGCGAUGGUGAAGCGGGCAAGGAUAGGAAGCGGCGGAAGUGCAGCUGCGAGGUCUCGGUGUGAAGGACGGAAUAUCUGGCGGAGAAUCGCCGAACAUCGGCGCCAAUGGCCUACGAAGCGUUAUGGCACGAGUACAUGCAAAUGCCCGUGGUAACACGGGCUUACACCACAGCCUGUGUCAUCACAACUCUUGCCGUGCAACUGGACUUGGUAUCUCCGUUCCAAUUAUAUUUCAAUCCUAUUCUUAUCGUGGAACAAUUUCAGAUAUGGCGGUUAAUAACAACAUUCCUGUUUUUCGGGAAUGUUGGCUUCAACCUAUUAUUCAAUAUGAUCUUCACUUAUCGGUAUUGCCGUAUGCUGGAGGAAGGGUCUUUUCGCAGGAGAACAGCUGAUUUCGUAAUGAUGUUCAUCUUUGGUGGAUUAUGCAUGAUUACUUUUGCAUUCUUUGUCAAUCUAUUGUUCCUGGGACAUGCCUUCACGAUAAUGUUGGUGUAUGUGUGGUCUCGACGGAAUCCAUUUGUCAGGAUGAACUUUUUCGGACUUUUAAACUUCCAAGCUCCGUAUCUACCAUGGGUGCUGUUAGGAUUCUCAGUAUUGCUCGGUAAUACGAUAUGGGUCGAUCUUGUCGGAAUGGCGGUAGGACAUACUUACUAUUUCGCGGAAGAUGUAUUUCCGCGGUUAAGAGGCGGUUUUCGAAUUUUGAAAACUCCGCAAAUACUUAAGACUUUGUUCGACGCACAUCCUGAAGAUCCAGAUUAUAUGCCGCCUCCAGAAGAUAGGCCAGGCGGUUUCAAUUGGGGACAGGAAGCCAACGUGCAGUGAUCGAAGAAUUCACCUGCUCUCUUCCUGAUGCCUGAUUUUACGUCGAAUUAGCCAAGAACAUUGUGGAAGCGCACGUUUUGUCGUUAUUCUUUUAUCUUUAGAAUGAUUGAUAACUUUUUUAAUGCUCGAAUUCGUACGCAAAAACUUAUAACACAUAUAAAAAAUAAUAUACAGGAUGUAGAAGAGAAAUGUAUUAGACAAUUUUUGAAAAUUUUCAUCAAAGAGCUCAUGUUUUCUUUAGGCCAAAUGCCUGAUUAAAUGUGAAUUCUUGUGCACCUUGUAUAUAUACAAAAAAAGUCGAGAUAUGCAUUUGACGUUUAUCAGUGAGUCAUCGUUAAUGUUAAAUUCUGUAUCCAUUCAUAUGCAUUCAUUGGUAUUUGUUUUUGCGUACAGAAUUCAGCGUCUAUUAAUAAUAUUACCUGUUUAAAAUUCAAGCAUUGCGCUUCUAGCACUAUUACGAAAUAUAGAUUAAAUCAAUUUAUGUAAAGUAUAUAAGAUAUUGCAAAAUUUUUUUUCAGGGACUGGCAAGUGUGUCAGCUGAAUAAAAAUUAGUAAUUUUAGUUAUUAUUAGGUAAAGUAUGUACACAGGCUGUUUAUAUACAAUCCUAAUGUCUACGGGCAUAGUAGUUUAUUUCAUCCGAAUAUAUUGUAGCAAUUUUUUAGUGAUAAUUAAAAUUUUUGCAGAUUUAUAUUUGAAUUCAAAAGUCUGCAGUUCUAUAGAAAUUGCGAAUGCAACUGAAUUGGUAUUUUGAAGGGAUUAGACUCAUCUGUAGUGAAUAUGAACUUUCGAUUCUGCACGGAGGUUGUAAGUUUUCACUUGCAAAUUCACUAGAUUUACCUCAUAAGGGUAGCAUCACUUUUGUAAAAGUGUUACUUGCGAUUGGUGGUCAUUUUGUGAUAUACUUACCGUGCUCAUAGUUCUUACAAGUAUUAAUGGAAGAGAGAGAGAGAAAAUGCCAUUGUGCAAGGGAGACUAUUUUAAAGUGUACUGAAGCAUUUAUUUAUAUUUAUUAUCCUAGCGAAGUAUAAUCUAGGCAUCAUCUACAAAGUACAAAUCGUUGAAUAUAAACUAAAGAAAUAAUAUAUAUAGACACUUUCCACAUUUUGUUCAUACGUGUAUAUUAUGUACUAUGUGAAUAUAAUGGAGACUUGCAUUGGUUAAUAGUUAACAACCGUCUCUUUUUUAUGGAAACGAUAGGAAAGUAAUAUUAUUUUACAGGACCAAUCACUUAUUUAAUUAACAUUAAUCUUCCUAACAAAUUUUGAGUUUUAAUUCUUGAUUUGUUUAAAAAUUUAAUGUGAUUUCUUAAAAGUAUUAAAUUCUAACUUCGCACUUCUAAAUUUUUAUUAUUUUUUUUUCAUUAGAAAGUAGACAUUAUUUUGCCAUAUGCACACGAAAAAAGAUAUCAUCAAUAGCAUUCGUCCAGUUUUUCAUCUGACAAAUGAAUCUCAUUAAUUCAAUAGCUGUACUAAUCGAAUAAAUAUACUCUUAUUUUAUCUAACACUGUUGUCGAAUUAACAAGAUUUAUUCUAAUAAGAUGAAUGCUGUUGGUAUGACAUCAUUCUUUUUUCGUGUAAUUAAUAGUUGGAUACUUUUUCUGUGAUCUUCACGAAUGUUAUGCGCAAUGGUAUUCUAAGCUAAACACGAAUUAUUAUGGAUUUUUAACAUGUAUAACCACUUCUAAAUGUCAAAGUAAAUUUAUUUUUUGGUGUAUUGAUUUAAGUGGAGAAACAGCAACUCCCUGUUUCGAGGAACAAUCGUCACUGUCAAUAAUCAUUAUUUAAUCACGA